AUGGCCCACCUCGAAUCGCGCAAGCAUAUCUCGCCAGAUUCUGGCUUUCCCAUCACCAUCCACCCACACUUCAACGCAAAGAUUAAAGAACACAUCCCACCAGAAGCGAUCCGCUCAGAAAUCACCCCCUCCAAAGACCGAGCCUCAUUCGCAGAUCCCGAAAAGAAAGCCCUCUUCGCCACUGGAGCCAAACGUACCGACCUGACGGAGUCAAUCGGCACCAUCCUCGAAAACAUCCAACUCUCCCAGCUAACCCCACAACAACUAGAUGAACUGGCACUACUGGUCUCCGAGCGGGGCGUGGUAUUCUUCCGGAACCAGGACCUGACGACAGCGGGCCAGGAAGCACUCUUCGAGCACUACGGGACACUGGACCGACAUCCGGCACAGAAGACGCAACGCCACGUCAUCAUCAAAGGCAGCACGGAGGAUCAUCGCGAGAUCGCGAGCUACACGCCGUGGCCGUCGGGGGACUUCCACGCGGACACGUCGUUCGAGCUCAACCCGCCGUCGUACUCGCUGCUGCGCAUGGAGGAGCAUCCGCCCGUCGGCGGCGACACGGCCUGGGUCAGCCAGUACGGGCUGUACGACGCGCUGAGCGAGCACAUGCAGCGGUUCGUCGACGGCCUGCACGCCGUGCACACGUCGCGUCUGCAGUACGACACCAUCCUGGACCUGUGGGGUGUCGGACCGAACCGCCCACCAAUCGACACCCAUCAUCCCGCCGUGCGCACGCAUCCCGUCACGGGCCUGAAGGCCUUGAACGUGAACCCGGGCUUCGUGACGGGCUUCGCCGAGCUGAAGAAGCGCGAGUCCGACAAGUUGCUCGACUUCUUUGACUUGCAUUUGCACUCUGCCGACGAUCACGCCGUGCGCUGGAAGUGGGACGUCGGUAAUGUCGCCCUCUGGGACAAUCGCGCCACGGUGCACCGUGUCAUUCCGGGAAGUUAUGAGGCGCCGAGACGCGGGAUUCGCACGACGGUGUUUGGCGAGAAGCCUUAUUUUGAUCCGAAGAGCGAGAGCCGUGAUGGGCGCGCGAGGCGUUUGAAGGCUGAGGCUGCGGCUGCGGCUGCUAAUGAUAAUGAUAAGGUGGGAGUUGCUGAUGUUCCUACCAAGAUCGCGCCUGGUUCCGAGUCUGGGGAUGGUCGGACGGAUGCUACUGUUGAGAUAGUCAAGGAAGCGGAUGUUCCGGCUUGA